GUCCAUUUCCAUUCGGAUAGAUUCGAAGCUUCAUCCGGCGGCGGAGAAUGAGCACUGAGAAGUGAAAGGUAGAGUGAGAAGAACCGAAUAAGCAGUAGUUCAAGAAAAAGAAAAUGACGUAAGCUGAGAUAUCCGACCUGAAGUGCGCGAUUGGAGCAAGUUGCCGAACUGAAAUCGACGGCAGAACAAUGGCGCCGACCGCCGCGAGUUUUGCAGUGAUUCCAUGCCUUUCCGUCUCUGUCAAAGCACCAACUGAUUGUUCCGAUAAGCAGCUGCAACAGAAUCAAGUCGCUGCCGAGACUCGUCGGCGAUUCUUGCUCUCUGGUGCUAUUUCCACACUAUCCAUUAUGUCUCCCAGCUGGAUGCCGACGCCAUUGCCUGCCAGAGCCGAAGGAGGACAACCGGCAAAAGACGAAGAGGAGGAGGGCGUGGUCGGCGCAAUCAAAUCGCUUCUGGAUCCAAAUGAGAAGACGAAAUCGGGGAAACUGCUUCCGAAAGCUUACCUGAAGUCGGCGAGAGAGGUGGUGAAGACGCUGCGAGAGUCGCUGCAGGAGGAUCCCAAGGACAAUGCCAAGUUCAGGCGGAACGCCGACGCAGCCAAGGAAUCCAUUAGGGAGUAUUUGGGCAACUGGCGGGGCCAAGAGAAGAUCGCCGGCGAGGAAUCGUACGUGGAGAUAGAGAAGGCGAUAAGAGCACUGGCGAGCUUCUACUCAAAAGCAGGGCCGUCCGCAGCCCUACCGGAAUCUGUGAAGUCUGCGAUACUGGAUGAUUUGAAGACCGCUGAGGAGUUCUUGUGAGAAUGUACAUAUAAAAUGGAUUCAACUCGAUAAAUAAGCACUGAAUUGAAAU